AUGAUUGCCGAAAAAUGGAAGAGUGAACCUUCUGAAGUCAAGUACCUUUGGCACCAACGUGCCGAAGAGGAAAAACUAAAAAAACAGUACAGGACUCCCGUAGGUGUCGUUGACGGACUAAGGGUGUCGAUCAGUAAACAUUAUGAAAACAAAAAAUCCAUGACAUUUGUUAAUGCCACUAUAUCGACACCUCAGAAUGUAACCGAUGACCCAGAAUCCUACAUCCCUGGCAACAAUACAUUCCAAGAACCCACUCUCAAUAUCUCAGACAAAUGUGAUUGGGUGGAGGUUGAGUUAACUAAUCCAAGUGAAAGUUCUUUGCAAAGUGAACUUCCGAAUCGCGAAAAUAUUCAAAAUAUUUUUACUUAUUAUCCUCAACCAGAUACUCCACCUAACAACUACCCUAACUACUAUAUUAGUGAUCUUCCAGUGUUAGAAUGUAAUUUUGUGAACGAUAAUUUUUGUCACGACUUCGAAAAUCAUCUUCAUCUUGAACAGUUGAACCUUGAUUCAUUUAUCUUUGAUGAUUUCUAUGACCUUUAA